AGGACACAUAGACUGGAUGACAAGCGGCGACAUGAAAAAGUGCAAUGGUAUCAAAAACUAGCUUGCUAGCUAGCUACCCACGGGGCAUUUUUAGGUCAAUUUUAUUUCUGAUACCAGUCUGGAAAAAAGCUGGACAGCCCCUGAAAUUGGAGCCGGCACAUCGAAGGCUAGCCUGCUAAGAGCGGUGCAACUCAAAAUCAGAGAUGUAUCGGUCCCUGUACGCUUUCCGAUCCAAGGAGCCGAACUCCCUCCACUUCGCCGCAGGAGAAACCUUUCUGAUCCUUGAGCGAAGUAAUCAACAUUGGUGGCUUGGAUCGCGCUGCAGCUCGGGUGAAACCGGCUACGUACCUGCAAGCUACAUCGAGAGAAUCAAGGCUCCUGAGCAGGAUGAGGUUCUGCAGUCAAUUGAUCGGGCCAUUGAGGGCAUCCAUAACACAGCAAUGAAGAAUGGAGGCAAAUACAACCUGGAACAGAGAGAUGUGCUGCAGAAGUUGAUCCACCACAGGAAGGAGACCCUUUCUCGUAGAAGCCCAACUCCUGCCAAUCACAAACAAGGGCUGCCCUCAUCCAGCAGUGACCUCUCACUUUGCCACACCCCACAGCCACCCAAUGGACUGAGCCGGCCGUACGGGCGCCAGGCCAGUGAGCCAAUAUCGGAGACACCGGAGAGCGCAGAAGGAGAGCAAGGCCUAUACCAGGUGCCGCCCCAGCCUCGCCGCGCUGCACCCAUAACGCCUCCUCCCCCAGAGAAACGCAGGGGCAGACCCCAAGAACCAGAGGUGACAAACAGCAGAGUUGCCUCUGCUGGCCCUGGGACUGUCCCUCCCUCGAGUGCUGGACCCUCCCCCUCAGUCAGCUCUGCCUCCCUGGACUCCGGCUCUUCCCACUCAGCUGUGUCUUCAGACGUCAGCCUUCCUAGUGUCGCCAGCACCCCGCCUCCAGUACCUAGCCGUGCUAAGGCCCCGCCCCCACCUCCCCCUGCCCAGUCCUGCUCCGACUCCCCCCAGCCUCCAGCCAAUCCUACUCCUCCUAAAAAGGGCCCAGCCCCACAGCCCCAACCCCCCCCCUCCUCACAGUCUAACUCUGAGGAUCAGUCAGAAGAGGCGUGCCCCCUGGCCCCACCCCCUGUCUCCGCCAGCCCCUCUGCCAGCCCAUCCCACGCUGCAGAUGUUCCCAUGACAAUAGGGGCGGAGCUGAUAGAACUAGUCCGUAAGAACACUAAUCUGAGUUACGAGUUGUCACGUGUGGCGGUGGGCGUGGUUGUGGGUCACCUGCAGACCACCCUGCCGCAGGCAGCUCCUGCCUUGGAACAAGUUCUCCUCUCAUUGGUUGAGAGUAAGGACCUGAGCGCAGGUCUGCCCCAAGGCCAGGUGUGUCAUGAUGAGCAGCGUCUGGAGGUGAUCUUUGGAGACCUGGCCCGACACCGUGAGGAUGCACAGCAGCGCAGCUGGGCGCUCUAUGAAGACCACGCCCUCAUCGCCUGCUACCUAGAAGAGCUGCUGCAGAUUCUGACUGAUGCGGACCCAGAGGUGUGUAAGCGGAUGUGUAGGGUCAACCAAUCAGAACCCGUGCUGUCACUUGUCUCCUACUACCAGAUGGAGCACCGUGUCUCCUUGCGUCUGCUGCUGUUGAAGGUGUUUGGGGCGAUGUGUAGCCUGGAUGCUGCCCUCAUCUCCACUCUCCUGAACUCUGUCCUGCCCAUGGAGCUUGCCCGUGACAUGCAGACGGACACCCAGGACCAUCAGAAGAUGUGCUACUCAGCACUGGUCCUCUGUAUGAUCUUCUCCAUGGGGGAGCAGGUGCCAUACCACCACUACGAGCAGCUGAAUGGAGCGUUUGUGAACUUCCUGUUGGAGGUGAUUGAGGAGGGUCUUCCCUCUGACUCCACAGAGCAGCUGCCUGAUCUCUGUCUGAACCUGCUCCUGGCCUUCAACCUGCAUCUUAUAGCUCCAGACACUAAUGUCAUCAUGCAGACACUCGUAAAGAAACACAACGUGAAAAUUCUGACAGAGAAGAUCUUACUGCUGCUCAACAGAGGAGAUGAUCCUGUGUGUAUGUUCAAACAUGCCCCACCUGCGCCCCACUCUGUGUUGAAAUUCCUGCAGGAUAUCUUUGCCAGCAGAGACACUGCCCACAUUUUCUACCACACUGAUAUGAUGGUGAUGAUUGACAUUGCUGUGCGGCAGAUCUCUGACCUCUCUCCUGGGGACAAGCUGCGCAUGGAGUACCUGUCCCUCAUGCAUGCCAUCAUCCGCACCACAGACUACCUGGAGCACCGCCACCGCCUGCCUGACCUGCAGAGGGCGCUGCGGAGGAUCCUGGCAGAGGAGGAGGGAGAUGGGCAGGAGGCUGCAGCCAGACAUAUGGACAGGCUGAUAGUAGAACAGAUCUAUAAGGAGUUUCCUGAGAUCAGUCUGGGGCAACAGUGAGGGAGAGGAACCCCACACACACUGACAAGAUAAACAACACACAAACACACACACAUGCUGACAUGACCACACAACACACAGGGGAGGAAUUCAUACGCAUGGAUACAAUAACACACACACACACACAUACUUGCACUUGAAUACACGAAUACAUACUCACAUACACUGACAGACACACACAUAUAUUAAGGUAAAACCACAAGAGCAUUGCAUAAACACAGUUAACACAACCACACUGAUUCCCUGCAAAGUACUGUUUGUGUUUGUAUGUAUGCGUGUGUGUGUGCCUGUGUGUGUAAAUGUUGUUCCAUACUGUCCCAGUCUGUACAGUCUUCCUAGUUGCUAACAGUACGUGGUACUUGGACUAAUGAAAUUAAAGUAUAUUUUCCCAGUAACUGUUUAACAAUGUAUGGGUAUUCAGAAAGGAGAGAAUAACAAACUGUAUUUUCUUAAAACAAAACUAAUAAAACAAAGGAGUCAUCUCAGU